UGUUGAAGUAUUAUUGCCCUUGCUGUCCUUGGUGUCUAUGAAAGUAGAUAUCUACGACUUGACAGCAUUUCCGGGAGAGAUCGAGUCGUGGAAAGAUCCACGGCUCAUCAGCCACGGUGGAUCCAGCUAUGGAGAGCUAAUAAUAGAAAUAUUAGUAAUACAUGUAUUGGCAUUGUGUGGGUCCUGAAUUUUUCGACGCUUUUACUGGGAAUAAAUAAGGAGACCUCUGAAGGAAAGGAUCCAGUUUUGAAAUCCGAGAGUGAAAGCAAGAGUGUACAUACUUAGCAGUACUUGCCUGUUUGAAUUCAGAAUGGGAAAUUUUCUGUUCAAGAAAGCUGAUCCUAUGCGAAUAUUAAUUCAAGGUCUGGACGCAGCAGGGAAGACCUCAAUCCUAUACCGUCUCAAGAUUGGUGAAGUGGUCACCACAAUCCCUACCAUUGGCUUCAAUGUGGAAACUGUGUCAGUGAAAGGAGUCGACAUAACAUGCUGGGAUGUUGGUGGCCGGGACAAGAUUCGACCCCUCUAUCGACACUACUACGCUAACACAACAGGCUUUGUGUUUGUUGUGGACAGUGCUGACCAUGAGCGACUAGACUUUGCAUUUGAUGAAUUCAUUCGGUUCUGUUUGCAGGAGGAGGAGACAAAGGGAACUGUGGUGAUGGUGCUGGCCAACAAACAAGAUUUACCCGAAGCUCUGACAUGUGAGGAAUUGGAGAAGAAGUUUAGAAAGAAAUGUCCAACCACUCCAGACCACAAAGUUCUCUUCAGACCCACCAGCGUAAUGAGUGGUGAAGGACUUUUCGAGGCCUUUGAAGAUUUUGUCUCAGAGAUAAAGGCAAACAGGGAAGAUCCUUGUGCAUCAAAAGCCAAGGAGGAACAAAAAUCUAUUGAGGGAAAACAAGGAACUUCUUUAAAGCUGUUCAUCAAAAGCCCAUUGAGUUUUGUCAAGUCCUUACUGCUGUACUGAGUGGACAUUUCAAGCUAUUCACAACAAAUGAAUCAUCAGAAAGAAUUGGGAACAGUGCUUGAAUAAAACUUUCUAUAGUAUAUGGGAGAGAAAGUCUUUCUCUCUCCCUUUCUCUAACCAUUCCUUGCCCCCCCCCCCCCAAUCCCCUUUCUCUUUCAUGUGUGUGCUCAUGUGUCUGUGUGCAGGUGAGCAUUCGCUCAUGCCUGCACUCAGGUGUUUUAUUUUCUCUCUUUCUGGAAAAGAUCAAGCCCAUAUUAUGUCUCUUGAAUCUUCAUUACUCAGGAACUGUUUAUGCUUUUUAAAAUGUCUUUCAUGUUUCUUACACAAUUUAAUUGUAAAAAAUAUUGGUUGUGUUUGCUAAAUUUUGUAAAUAUACAAUUGUAUCUAAGAUUUGUUGCUAUUUUGUAUUUGUUCCUAUCGUAAAAUAUAUUUUAGGUUGUGGUAUAAUAAUAUUGCUUUUUCAAAGUUUUGUUUUUUAUGUGUGAAAUGAUUUUAUCUCAGGAACUUUUUCUUGAUCAGUUUGACAGAAAUAUAAAAGCUGAUGUGAUAUCUGAAA